GCCAGCGACACACACGCACACACAACACGCAGACUGCUCGUCUGGAACAUUCGGUCAGCUGAAAGAUGGACAAGUCGCGGAGACUGUCCUCCGAGGGCUCCCUCCCUCCUCCGCUGGACGACGACGACUCCAGCUCGGCUUGCUCCGACGAGCUGCUCGGCUCUCAGUCCCGCCGCUGGUUGUCCGACCUCCUGUCGGGGGAGGAUCCUGCACACCACGGCGACGUCAACGGGGACGUGAUCGUGGGCCGCGACGGAUUGUUCGUGGACUUUCACUUUCCUCUGGGCGAACUGGAGAUGAAGGCCGCCGGGGUCAAGUGGAAAAGACCCAAGGAGCUGUGCAGGACGCCUCACUUUACCGUAGACGGAGCGUCACGCCUCGACAUCCGCCAAGGGAAGCUCAGCGACUGCUGGUUGCUGUCGGCCAUCGCCUCUCUGGCCGUGCACAAACCUCUGCUGGACAAGGUGGUACCACCGGGUCAGACCUUCCUGGACGGGUACAAGGGCUGCUUCGUCUUCAGGUUCUGGCAGUACGGUCAGUGGGAGGAAGUGCGCAUCGACGACCUGCUGCCCACCUGCAACAACGACCUGAUCUUCCUCAGCUCGCCACAAAAGCACGAGUUCUGGAGCUCUCUGCUGGAGAAAGCCUACGCCAAGUUGAAAGGAGGCUAUCGAGCUCUGGACAUGGGCUUCCCUCACGAGGCGAUGGUGGACAUGACGGGGGGCGUGGCCGAGGUUUUAAACGUGUCUUUGCUGCCCAGAGAUCUUCCAGUGUUGGUCAGACAGAUGCUGGCCAAAGGAGCGCUCAUUAACUGCGCCAACACGCUCGGUCCUCUGGAGAGCAGGAAUGAGCUGGGAAUCAUGUUCAGACACGCCUACUCGCUGACGGCGGUCGAGGAGGUGCAGACCACAUAUGGACCAGUGGACCUGGUGCGCAUUAAUAACCCGUGGGGCAACACCGAGUGGGAGGGGCCAUGGAGUGACCUGAAUGGUCCAGAGUGGAACACAGUGAGCCCGCAGGAGCAAAAGAGACUGGAGCGAGUCCGACGGGAGGAUGGGGAGUUCUGGAUGUCGGUGUCGGACUUCCGGCAGAACUUUGAGACCAUGGAGGUGUGUCACCUGUCUGACCUCAGCGAGCCGACGGGCGCCAGCGUGCAGCCGUGGGUGUGCGCAAUGCAUCAUGGGAGCUGGGUGCCGCGGGUUUCGGCGGGUGGCUCUCCUCAUGGGGGUUGGUACUGGCAGAAUCCACAGUACGACUUUGUCCUCUCCCAGCGGGACAACAGAUCCAGUGACUCCUCGAAGUCCUGCUCCUUCAUUUUGGCUCUGAUGCAGAAAUAUCAGCGGCGCAGAGGAAUCACCCUGUCCAUCGCUCUGCAUAUCUACCCGGCGCCUCACGAGGACAAGCACCUGUCCCCUCAGGACCUGAGCGUCCUGCGCCCAGUGCUCUGCAGCAGCCAUUACUCCUCCCGGCGUGAGGUGGUGCUGCGAGGCACCCUGCCGCCGGGUCGCUACGUCAUCAUCCCGUCCACCGCCGAGCCCAAUCAGCAGGGCUCCUUUCUCCUGAGGGUGCUGACGGAGCGAGGCCACGCCUCCACUCCGGCUUCAAGCUCGGCAACACCUGACCAGUCUUCAAUACAAGCGCAGCCUCAUUUCCCUCACCAGACUGCGCUCCCUUCCCUAAAAGCCAUGAAAGUGCUCUUCAAGAAGCACUGCAACAAGAGAGGAUUCUGUAAACCUCAUCACCUCCAUAGCCUGCUGACAGAGACCAUCCAGGGAGGAGUGUUGGCUGGCAGCGAGAAGCACCUGGCACUGGAGCACUGCAAGAGCUUGGUGGUCCUCAUGGACAGUCAAGGCAUCGCGCAGCUCAACUGGCGGGAGUUCCAGAGUCUCUGGGAAAAGAUCCGGAUGUGGACGGACAUUUUUCUGGUGUACGACAAGAACAAAACUCAGCGUCUAGAGUAUGAAGAGGUGGGCCCCGCCUUGAAGGCCGCAGGCAUCGUGGUGGACGACCUGGUGAUGCAGCUGGUGGGCCUGCGGUACACGGAGCCCGACAUGACCAUCAGCUAUCCCGGCUUCCUGUACCUCACCAUGAAGCUGGACAGCAUGAUCCACAAAUUUCACGCGUACGACAUGGUGGGAAUGGGAAGCAUCUCGCUCAACUACAGACAGUGGCUCCACAUGACCGUUUACAACUGAACACUCGCCUCGGCCCAGAAGAUUCCCAGGAUGAAUUCCCUCUGCAGCGCUUGAUUGUAUUUUCGUCGCGCUCCGGCAUGAGCGCACAUUACAGCCGCGCUGAGGGAAAUAUUUGUCAGGGAUUGUUUUCGCUCAUGCGGGGCCUGCGAUUGAAACAUGGCCGACCAAUUCUUCUACUCGCUGGGAAGAGGUCGCGACCCCCGAUCGCUGGGAAUAUUUGUGAUUAACGACCCCCCGUUUUAUUGUGACUGUUUGGUAUGUGUACAUAGUCGUCUGCCAGCGUCAUUCUUUAAACACUCUAAACAUGUCCACGCUCUGUGUGUGUGUGUGUGUGUGUGUGUG